AUGCCGACGACAACUGCUACUGGCUCCGCUGCAAGCACCACAUGCGGCACAACCGCGCAAUACGAAUUGCCCGUCAAGGACGCAGCCUGCGGAGUACCAAACUCCUCGAAAUACAAAUCUCUGAUCGAAUUCUGUGCCAAGCCCGCAGGCGUACUGGCCUACAACAAUGACUGCGCUCUCUACGCCCCUGCGGUUGAUCAAUCGGUCCAGAAGCUGACCGAUUGUCUCUACGAUGCCGGUGUUGAAUGGAAAGAUGUUUGGUGCUUUGGCUCUACAAAUGCUACCGCUACCGCCACUUCCUACCCAACGGCUACUGCUACCGGUAAACUUCCGAACAAAUCUUCGACCUCGACAUCUACUUCUACCUCUUCCUCUACAUCCACCUCGAGCUCGACUUCUAUCCCCAAUGGAGCACCCUCCGUCUCGACAACUCAGUUCAGUUCUAAGAUGGGAGUUUUUGUAUUCAGUUUGAUGUUUUCUAGCAUUAUCUUUGGCAUGUAA